AUGUCCAAACCCCUCCGGGCCGUCGUCAAUCUCACUGCCCCCGUUGCGGGUGCUCUCACGAAUCCUUUGAUAACUGGCCCGCUGCUCCUGCUGCUCACUAGAGCCCCGGACCAUGUCAAGGAGCCAAUCAUACGCCGCCUUGUUGGUCUUGCUCCUCUUUCCCGCAUCGUGUCUUCAUUGAAGUGGAUCUUCGCCUUGGGCCUGGCAGGUCACGUCAACUCCUGGCUCAAUUCCCUCGCCACCAAUGGUUGGAGCAUCCGGAGUGAUGCCCAUCGCUGGGUUUGGUGCAACGAGAUUGCCGUCGUGACCGGUGGCUGCAGCGGUAUCGGAGAGGUCGUUGUCAACGGACUCGUCCAACGCGGCGUCAAAGUGGCCAUAUUGGAUCGCUGCGACAUUACCGAUCCUGAUGCCGUCGUCCAAGCAGCAGACCAGAUCAAGUCGGCCGUCGGUCAGCCUUCCAUCUUGGUCAAUAACGCCGGCAUUGGUUCCUCCCACACCAUUCUCGACACCACUCCUGCCCAACUUGGCAAGAUUUUCGGAGUCAACCUACUCUCUCAUUGGUACACCUGCCAAGCUCUCCUGCCCGACAUGAUCAAGCACAAUAAAGGUCAUGUCGUCACCGUUGCCAGCAUGGCCAGCUUCGUGACGGUGCCGAGCAUCACCGACUACUCCGUCACAAAGUCUGGUGCGCUUGCUUUCCACGAAGGCCUCACCCUCGAGCUCCGCCACCGCCACGAGGCACCUGAUGUCCACACCACCGUCGUUCAUCCCGGCUGGACCAGAACGGCUCUUGUCGCCGACUAUGCCAAGGACCUCGAACGUCACCAGGGGCCCUUGAUGACGCCCGAAUAUGUCGGCAAUGCUAUCUUGGACCAGAUCUUUGCUUGCCGUGGCAACCAACUGAUAUUGCCAAAGACGUUCAAGUUUGUGUCGAGCAUCAGAGGAUUGCCCAACUGGAUGCAGGAGAGAGCCCGAGAUGAUAUAGGCAAGGUAGGCAUGGGUAAGGGCUCACGACGCUGA